CAGCUUCUCCACCAUGGGCAUAACCCGCCAUCUCCCACCGUCAAAAUGAUGAUCGGCGAGUCCCGCCACCCUCUCCACCCCACGGUCCGCAUACCUCCUCUGUGGCCAUCCCUUGAGGAUCCUGCGGACGAAAUCUUCUCCCCCUUCGACGCGGACCACCUCGCCGCCACGACCGCAGCUAGUCCGUACGCUCUGCAGGAUAUCGUAGCGGCGCUGCGCCGCCACCAGGCCGACCCGGACUCGGACGGCCCGGACUCACCGGUCGACCUCUACACGUCCGACCACUUCCGCAUGUACGAGUUCAAGGUCCGGCGGUGCGCGCGCGGCAAGUCCCACGACUGGACCGAGUGCCCCUACGCCCACCCGGGCGAGAAGGCGCGGCGGCGUGACCCCCGGCGUCAUGGAUACUCCGGCGCGGCCUGCCCCGACUUCCGGAGCGGGCAUUGCCCGAAGGGAGACGCCUGCGAGUUGGCCCACGGCGUCUUCGAGUGCUGGCUACACCCCUCAAGGUACAGGACGCAGCCCUGCAAGGACGGGCUCAACUGUACUCGGCGCGUCUGCUUCUUCGCCCACACCCCCGAGCAGCUGCGCGUCGUGGCCGGGCAGCAGAGCCCACGAAGCGUCGAGUCGCUGUCUUCGUCUCCGCCGGCGUCGCCGAUGUCGAUGUCGCUGUCGCUGUCCCGGUCGCCGUUCAGGGCGGACCCGGUGGCCGAGAUGGUCGUCUCCCUCCGGAACUUGCAGCUGGACAAGGUGAAGUCCAUGCCUUGCGGCGGGUCCAGCUCUGUGUCGCCGAGGGGUUCCAGAAUCCGACCCGGAUUCUACAGCAUGCCCACGACGCCCACCCAAUCCACCCCGACGCCGCUCCACGGGAUCGGGUAUCUCGAUUCCUGGGAGAGCGGAUACGAGGAAGAGCCGGCGAUGGAGAGGGUCGAGUCCGGGAGGGACCUGAGGGCCAAUAUGUUUGAGAAACUGAGCAAGGAGAGCUCGUUGGAUGCGGCCCGACCCGAAUCCGACCCGGAUGUGUGGUGGGUAUCGGACCUGGUCAAGUAAAAGUGGGAUCUUUGUCUACUGUUUUCCCUUCUCUUCGCUGUAAAUAGGAUCCGAAAGGGUGGAGGAGAGGG